UUGACCUCAUCUGAGACACAAUUUGAAUAAUUAUAUUAUAAUAAAUGUACAUAUUUUAAAGGCCCAUUUUACAUUUAAGGCAAAUACAUGUAGGCAUAAACGUAUACCAGUACUGUUCUGUAAAAUAUUGGUACACGUGGCGUGCCUUUAAUGUUAAAUGGUAAAAGGAACCGUCACGCAAGCGCCGUGCAUGUGAUGAACGUCUUGGCGAUAAAAAGGGCAGACGACAUAUGUAACUGACUAAAAACGUUGCUCCUCUCGGCUAGGACUUCGUUUUUGCCUUUUGCUUUAUUCUUUGUUGCAUAUCUGCGUGGCUUGAAAGUGAGCUGAUUUCGUCUGGAAUACGACAGCCAUUUCCCCCGUGUUCGAUGUGAGUAAAUUGGCUGAAGCCGAUAUUGUGCACCAGAUGAUACGGGUACCAUGAGUAUGAAGCAGAGUAUAACAACAAGCAGAUUACGUUGUGGAUCAGCUCCCUAUAACUGUAUAAGCACAUACACUGUACCAGUACUAGAAAGACUAAUGAAUGACGUAGAAACAGCUGCGAAAAUGACACACAGAUUUGAACGGGAGCAGGCAAUUUAGAUUCCCGCUCACGUGACCCACGUGGUACAAGAGGCGGGAAAUUGGUGACCACUUAUCAACCGGUUACAGGUACAUCUUAUCGUUUGGACAGCAAAGCGGAUUCGGGAGCAUGGAAAAGACUGCUUGUCAUCUUCACAAUGGCGCAGCGGGACUCUUUCUGUCAGUGCUGUCGGCUAUUACACUGUCAGUGUCGGCACUUCUCGUCGGCAGUUUUCAAGAAAUCUCUGUCCUCGUGUUUUUGGCCUUCCAGCACGUCGUCAUUUUCGUUUUCGCUGUCCCCGCCUGGCUUUGGAUUGCUAGGCAACAAGAUUUUGAGCGCGAAUAUCCCGAGCGAACAGACCAAUUGAAUGUAAACAACGGCACGAGGAAUGAUACAGUGGUCGACAGUAAUGCUUCAAAGUUGUUCUACUUCGAAGAAAAUCAUCAGGAGACUAGGAAUUCCCAGAGAAAUGACUCCGAGGAGAGUAACUCCGAUAUUUUGACUUUCAUGUGUGAGGGAGAAAAAGCCGAUAUGAAGAACUCUCAGGAAGUGAAAUCCAAGAAAAAACAGCAGGAUGAUAAGCAGAAUCAUCAUGGAGAUAUAAUAAAAGGAGAAAGAAGAUUACAGAGAGAAAUAUCUCAAGUUGGUGUUACGAAUGGCAUAUCCGAGAGAAAAUAUGAAACGACCAUAGCGCAUUUUGAGAAUGAAAAGUCUAUGAAAGAGGUUACAAAAAAGCUGAAUGAAUCUAAGGUGGAAAACAAUGAUAGAAAAAAAUUGAACUCAGACACUGAAUCUCAGAAACAGAAUUCCUUGAAUGAUAAGGAAAUUAUUCCCAAGACGGGCUUGAAAUCAAUAAAAGACUGCGUCUUCGUUGUUAUUCGGGGCAGCAUGGCGUAUUUAACGGCGUGGUGUGCGUUCAAUGCUUUUAGAUACCUUCCAAUAGGAGAUGCCUCUGUUCUGGAGUACACCAACCCUAUAUAUUCGGUCAUUCUGGCCCGUGUUAUACUGAAGGAACCGUGUGGCGUUGUGGAGGUUUUCCUUACAUUGGUCAUGUUAACAGGUAUAGUCCUAAUAUCCAGACCCAGCUUUCUUUGGGGAGACUCAGCCGCACUUAACCCGAUAGGUGUCACUCUGGCCAUAGCGACAGCCGUGACGUCAUCAAUUAACAUGCUUUUUGGUAGAAAACUGAAGCAUGUGCAUAGUCUAAUUGUCAUAGCAUCAAUAGGUCUCUUUAGUGGCAUUAUUUCAUGGAUAGUUGUAUUAUCCAAAGAGGGCGUUUCAUUUCCGGUCACGUGGUUGGAUUGGUGUGCUGUCGUGUUGAAUGGCGUCAUGGCAUUUACCGCCCGGAUAAGCUCCCAGAUGGCGCUGCAGAUUGAGAACGUCGCCAUCGUGAGUAUAGUGCGUACUUCUGAACCAAUCUUCGUGUUCACAUGGCAAGUGACCAUUCUUCAUGUCAUCCCAAAAUGGACGUCAGUUGUGGGAUCUCUUCUGAUUUUGGCGUGUGUCAUCGCUCUUAGUAUAAGGAAAUGUUCGGGUGACCAGGGAAAUACUAAUUUUGACGGCAACCAGGAUGCUCUGUCGGGCAGUGGAGUUUCUACGCCCUCUGAGAAACAUAAAGUUGUAUUGAACAGUAAAAGGAUUAAGCUUAACUUUCAGCCUUUGAACUAUUUCAAAGAUUUCAUUUUGUCUUAUCCGCAACCAAAUGUGAACACAGCACAAAAAAAAGAAUCAGAGAAGAUAAUUCGACACUGAUUAACACAAAAUUCUAUUAUGAUAAACAGUGACAUUAAAUAUUAAAAA